GGCGAGUGCCAGCUGCCAACCUGGCACGACGCGUCGGCUCAUCGCGUCUCCUACGUAGAGCCUAGUUUUCUCCAGCUCGAACGGUUACACCUGCGGGGGCACAAGAUAGCCUGAUGCAAGGCGCCCCCGACCAUGGCAGCAAAUGUCACGAUAAAGGCCAUAGAAGCCGCUACAAUUCACCAAAUCCAGUCGGGCCAAGUCAUCGUCGACUUGUGCUCCGUUGCCAAAGAAUUGGUCGAAAACAGCAUUGAUGCUGGCGCGACAAGUAUUGAAGUGCGUUUCAAAAAUCAGGGCCUGGACUCGAUCGAAGUCCAGGACAAUGGCUCAGGCAUCUCUCAGCAGAAUUACGAGACCCUGGCCCUCAAGCAUUACACCUCCAAGCUGUCGACGUAUGCCGAUCUCACGACCUUGCAGACUUUCGGUUUCCGCGGUGAAGCCCUUUCCUCUCUUUGCGCUCUGUCGAAUUUCUCGGUCGUGACAUGCACGCAGGAGGAAGCCCCUAAAGCAAAUAAACUUCAGUUUGAGUCCUUUGGCAAACUCACGAGCACAAGUGUUGUCUCGGGCCAGAGGGGCACCACCGUCUUCGUCGAGAACUUGUUCCAUAACCUCCCCGUCCGGCGUCGCGAGCUCGAGCGGAACAUCAAACGAGAAUGGGGCAAGGUUGUCAACUUGCUAAACCAGUACGCCUGUGUUCUGACCGGCGUCAAAUUCUCCGUCUCCCAGCAGCCUACCAAGGGCAAACGCAUGGUGUUGUUCUCGACCAAGGGCAACCUUACCACCCGGGAUAACAUCAUCAACGUCUUUGGAGUCAAGACGAUGAAUGCUUUGAUUACCCUGGAGUUGAAACUGGACUUGACCCCUACCACUACCCUACUUCAAAAACAGAGCCUGCAGGACGAUGAAAACACAAAGGAGAUACUCGUCCGAGGCCAUGUUUCCCGUCCGGCCCACGGAGAAGGGAGGCAGACGCCGGAUCGUCAGAUGUUUUAUGUCAAUGGCCGGCCAUGCGGACUCCCGCAGUUUGCAAAGGUCUUCAAUGAGGUUUACAGGUCAUACAACGUAUCACAAUCACCCUUCAUUUUCGCCGACAUCCAGCUUGACACACAUCUCUACGAUGUCAAUGUCAGCCCUGACAAGCGGACCAUCUUAUUGCACGACCAAGGGCAGAUGCUGGAUAAUUUAAAGGAGUCGUUGAUCGAGUUGUUUGAAAAGCAGGAUGUCACCGUUCCUGUGGGCCAGCUGUCUACAAAUAAGCAAACGCCCUUCAAGAAGCUGGCUGUCCCCCGCUCGGAGACACCAGUUUCUCGCAAAGAAAGUAUAAAGCGCGGGAGCACUGCAUACUCCUCCCCUUCUAUACCAAAUGAUGCGAACUCGGGAGCAGAUCGUCCUGACAAUAGCGAAGACGAUGGUGACGAGGAAGAGGAGGGGGCCCGAGGGGAGGAGAGGGAGGAAGAAGGUGAAGACGGCGAAGAGGAUGAAGAGGAGGGUAUAGAUUCGGACGACGAGAACGGCGGUGGGAGACAGUUCAAGGCAAAAGGGCGGAAGGGGACGUCCGACUCCCCCAGGUCGAUAUCUCGGGCCACUAGGGGGUCCAGUCUCAUUACUCGCUGGGUCGAGAGGAAGACAAAUGUGCGGGAGGUCACAAGGCCUGCAGGCCGAACCCUAGAUGGUGUUAUGGAUAGCGAUGGGGCCAAGGGAAAGGAGCGAGUCAUUUCCCAGUUAGACAAGGACGACGACUCGACUGCAAGUGGCCCGGAAGACAGUGGCGUCGGCGAGGAGGAUGAAACGGACAUACCUAAGAGGAACGCGGCGAUCCUCGGGAGCUAUAGCGCGCAGCCCGGCUCGCAGUGCGGCUUAGCUGGCAAGCCCACAAUCGAUGGCCCCGAUACGACUAGAGAAAGCCCUGAUGACGAGCGCCAUGAGUCUCCUAUACCUGCAAUCCCUCCCCCAACGCAAUCGCGGCCCAAUCCCACGCCAGCAACAAGGUCGCCGAGACGUCCGGUGCCGCAGGUUGCAACUAUAAGGAUCGGGGACGAUACAGUUACUAGCGUCCUUGGCCCGCCAGCGGCCAAGCGGUUGAGGACCUCUGCAGCACCGGAGGCAUCUACGCCAAAGCCUAAGAAAGCAGAAGUCAAACCUUCGGCUCCUUUACCGUCAUUUGGAGGUCGCCUGACUCAAAUGUUUGCGGCUCAAGGCUCGUCCCAGAGCCCCGAUGUCGAUCAUUUCGAGCCAGUGACUGGGAAGGAAAGCGACCAAGAAGAAUCUCUUUUUGUCUCCCAGAGCGAGGAUCAGCACGGCAAUGACGGAGAAGCGACGGCAGACAACCAUGAAAUCGAUCGGCCAGGCUCUGAUGAGGAGGCCGACUCUGAUGUCGAGCAUGAACAAGAACGAAGUGAAGAUAUAGACGGCGAGUCGAUAGAAGAGACCGCGGGCCACGUCGAUAUGCCAUCGGCAGCGAGUGGCGAUGACAACGAGGAAUACGUGGAGGAAGAGCAGGGGUCACAGGAAGCUCAAGAAUCUCAAGAAGCUCAGGGAGGCUUGAGUGUUCAAGAGUUACUAGCGGCGGCCGAAGGGGCGGGAAAUACUAAAGAAGAUAUGCAGAAACGCUCGCAGAUACUCCUCAAGGGAGGCUCGAGGAGGAAAGACUCGACACUGCAGCUUAUGCAACGCUUGAAGGUCGACGAGAGUAGGAUACGAGGACAGAUGCAGGAGUGGAAUAGUCGCCGCCUAGCAGGCUUCUCGUCCAAGGUGGCGGGAGAAGACGAGUCAGACGACCUGGAAGCCGAUGACGCCGAAGAGAAGCUGUCACUGAAAAUCUCAAAAUCCGAUUUUGGCAAGAUGAAGAUCCUAGGACAGUUCAACUUGGGAUUCAUCCUCGCUGUCCGCGAGGCCGAAGAACCUGCCGACGGCGGAGAAGGUGGAGAGAGUGAAUCCCCCCAGGACGACGAACUGUUCAUCAUCGAUCAGCAUGCCUCUGACGAAAAGUACAAUUUCGAAAGGCUCCAGGCGAGCACGGUCGUCCAGUCACAAAGACUCGUCCAGCCAAAAACACUCGAGUUGACUGCCAUAGAAGAAGAGGUCAUAAUGGAGAAUAUCUCCUCGCUCGAGACCAACGGUUUUGACGUGAAGGUUGACGACAGCGGCGAUACACCAGUGGGCUCUCGCGUCCAACUUCUCAGCCUUCCCCUCAGCCGAGAGACGACCUUCUCUCUCGCCGACCUUGAGGAGCUGAUUUUCCUGCUCGCCGACAACCCAACAUCGAGCGCUACGACGGUGCCGCGGCCGUCCAAGGUGCGAAAGAUGUUCGCAAUGAGGGCAUGCAGGAGCAGCAUCAUGGUCGGCAAGGCGCUCUCGCACAGGCAGAUGGAGAAGGUCGUCCGGCACAUGGGCGAGAUGGAGAAGCCAUGGAAUUGUCCUCACGGGCGCCCGACCAUGCGCCACCUCUGUGGACUGGGCGCGUGGGAGGGGAGGGCAUGGUCAGAGGGCGACGAUAUUGACGGGAGGGGCCUCCAAACGGACUGGGCAGGAUGGGUCAAGGGGAAAUCUAAGUCGUCGUGAGGAUUCAAAUCAAUCUAGGUAGCCUUUCGCGGGGGGUUACUCCGUAUCUCUCUCUUGGAAAGCUUUAGGUACACUCACUCGGUUGUCUUCAUAGAGCAUCAUCAUCACCGCUUUGAAACUAAGUGAGCUUCAAGUUGCCCUAUCAUCUCUGCUUGUCCUGACUCCCAUCCCAUAAUAUCCGUUCCCUAGCC